UCCUUUUUUUUUUGGUGGAAUUCGAAAGUUAUUGUCACGAAAAGAAAUUGUUAUUGAAACGAAAAGAAAUUUUUACGAUUCGUUUUUACAAUUUGUAUUGUAUUGUAAAUAUAUGUUCACGAUACGUGGUUCGUGAAAGAAAUUUUUGUAAAAUUGAAGUUGUGCAAUACGAAGGAAUGUAUGUUAAUUUUCCUUUGUCGAUAAAAUUUCUUAUUUCUCGGAUCUGAAAUAUCAAUAAAUAUCAACGAAGAGGUGAUUCUUAAUGCUUCUAAGCGUAAAAGGAUUAGCUGGGAAGGUAUCGUAAUAUAAAGGAAUUUAAUAGAUAAAUUGCACGUUGGAAUAUCGAAGAAUGGCGAAAUUAUUUGGAAUUCGUUGGAAAGUAUUUAAUCAGGGAGGGAAACGAUGCUCAAUAAUCAGAGAAGGAAAUGCGGUGCAUUAAUUAUCGAGGCUGAUCCAAUGAUUACGUUGCAUCGCUUCAAUUUCCUAUAAUAUCGGUUACGCUAGUCGACGACGAUGUCUUCCUCAAUUAUUCCUUGACUCGUCAUUACUCCUGAUACGGAAUACCCGUGUAACACACAAGAAUCGUAGUAAAAGUGAGAACACCAAAUGGUGAAUCCGCUCGAGGAAAUUAUUUCUCCAAUGCUUCUCAGACAUCCGUGCGAAAUUCCUUAUUUUACCUUACACAGCAUCAUCGAUAGAGAAAAUAAAUUGAAAUUUACACGAUUCAAGAAUAACUAUCGUUGAAAUAUUAUAAGAAAACGUCCGCGAAACCAUUCCAAACAUUUUCCACACAUGCACAUCGACAACCACGAAAUUUUUUCAAACCAAAUCGAUCAAUUUCCCCCAAAUUUCUCGUACUCGUGCAAUAUUCACCCACACCAGAUCAAUUCUUCGAAAACGAGUUCUGUUCCAAAACGAGUGAAACCCACAGCUGGAAAAUCGGAGCCGAUCUCGAUCGCUCGCCUCCACCCGAUAAAUAAAAAACUUGGAAGCUACGAAACGCUAUUUCCACGUGCGCACAAUCGGUUUUUACAAUCGACAGUCGCUUCUGCAACUCGCCACGGUGUCUAGUUAGAGAAUCGCUUCCCGUUCUCCGUGGGCGCAGCCUAUAUCCAGGCUAACCUCCACGUAUACGUACGUACGCGUAUUUAGCGCGUAAUUUAUAUAAGAAGAGAGGCACGCUUGGUUCCACCCCAAAGCACUUCGAUCCACUGGCGCCACCACCGCUUCUCUUUCUGCCGCGAGUCGCUCGAAGAGGUUGUCGAGACCAGACUCAUAUCCCCUUUUCUCUCGCGAUAUCCCGAUCUCGAUCUAGAUCGGCCUCGUCGAUCGAGUCUUCCGUUGGUCGAAAGGGACAACAGGGAGUCGAGGAACGUCGGCCGAUUACACAACGGUGGCCCAAUUAAAAAGCCGCGUGUACGCCACUGUGCAUACACAGCAAUUGUUGCGGAGAAGAGGCGUAUAACUUGCAGUGUUGCAUCGAACAUCCUCGCGUCCGGAUCGUGCGACUCUUUCGAAAGGGAGCCGUCGGUCAACGUUCGAAUAAUCGCCCUUUUCGCGUCCCGGUUAACCCUUUCAACCCCCUCCCUGCUUCGUCGACGAGUUCUUCUCUUUCGAGAACCUGUUGUUCGAAGUUUCCAAGUUUUGCGGAUAAAGUGGCACGAAAAAAAAAGGAGGAGGAGGAGGAGAAAAUCGUUUUUUUUGGCUCUGCACAGUGGACAACGUACGCGGGACAUACAGUUGGUGUUCGUGUGUGUGUGUAUGCGGGGAACUCGGUGUACGCGUGAAACUAGCUUGUGAAACGAGUCGAAGGACGGCUGGAUCGAGGAGAGGAAGAGAGGGGCGAGUGUCGCGGAGGUGUUGCGAAUAGAAAAUUCCUGGGAUUGUUGUGAACGGCGAGAAGAUUAUUUCGUCUCUUUCCUUUCUUUCUUUUCUUUUUUUUUUUUUUUUUUUCGUUUGUUUUCAACGGAUGAAAGGAUGGACAGUGGGGACAUAGUUGAAAUAUAAAUAUAAAAAGAGGUUUUCUGAAUGAGAGAGGUUGUUUCGAAACGCGUGUGGCAAGGGAGAGGAGGGUCGAGGAUGGGGGGAUUUAAUUAAAGAUCGUUUUACGCAAGCGAGAAAAAUGAUCGUGGCUCGCACGAGAGAAGCAAAUGGUACUAAAAGAUUAUAGAGGUUGAUAGGAGAGGUGAUACGUGCGUGUAUUCCCGAAACACAUCGUGACCGUUAACGCAUUCUAUGCGUGAGAGACAGCACGGAUUUUUCGAGACUGAUGACCCAAUGCGCCCAAUAGUAACUGUCUCACUGGCCUCCUAACUUCUUUAAGACGAAUUGAAAAUGCGUGACGGUGUCGUGCCGUCGACAAUUUGUCUCAAAUCUUGACCGGACGUGCGUUGAUUCUCAACAGGCUCGAACCUGUGAUCGAUCGUUCGACCAUCAUCGCUUUGGCCUUUCUGGAACAUUUGCAGGAUAGAUAUUCUUCCUCGACCGAGUUAUUCGAUUCUCAGAGAAUUUCUUCCACCUAUUUUUACUUUGAUUUCCAUGUUCGAGUUCUAGUAAGUUUAUAUAGGAAAUGAUCAUAGAUUAGAAAAAUUAUACGCGGAUAAUUGAAGAGGAGGAUGGUUUUAAUAAGACUACGAUACCCCGGCAUACCACGGAACGAAACAGGGUCACCGACGUCUCUGGUUUCGACUUAUGGAAGGCAACUAUUCAGAGACGUUCGAGAGCCGGGUCAUGUGUGCCCAAGCUUUCUGCAAAUAGAAAGAAUACUAAUGUAUACGAACGUACGAGAGGUCUUAACUGUUCGUUAACCUUGAACCCUGAAGCAGUUUGUAUUUUCUCGUGGCGAAUAGACGCGCGAAGGGAAUAUAAUUUAAUCUUCGGUGUAAUAUAAUCGAAUCGAUCGGGCUGAAGUAUAUCUUUAACAUUUGUCUCCCUCCUCUUCUUUGCUCGAUAAAAGAAAAUUUAUAUUAUCAACUCGAAAUUCGACGUUAUCUCGGCCAAUCUCCAGCUCUAAUUCGAUUUUUAAUAAUAGAAAUAUUUAUACGAUAAAAGUGAGAACGGAUAUAAGAAGAUUUACAGCUAGAAGAUAUCAAUAGGUGGUGCUCGAUUUCCGAUCAAACUGGUACUUCAAAGAAAACGUACAAGAAUAGGUCUGAUAACCAGUCGAAUUAUCGAGAAUGUGUUGAACGAAAUUGGACUAACAGAUAUGUGAAUUACGUGUUUCGUGGUCUGUUUGUGAUUUAAUUGACGUUCCCGUUAACGCGGUUGUUAAAAAAAUGUGUUCAACAGAACAUUCCAUUAUCCCUGGAAUAACCUCCACGCUUCUAAACAGGUCGAUCGUCCGUUCCGUACGUUUUACGAGUAGCUACCACUCCUCUGGAUAGAAAGUGGAGAACUGGAUGACUCACGAAAGCUUUCAAACUGACUCUUAACGAGCCACGACGACGUAACUCACGUGCCUCUUGCAGCUCGUCGCGCGAAUCGAAGGAAAUUCGAGAAUGCCGAGCGAGGAGAUCGACGAGUGAACCAAGGAAUCGUCCAUUCCUUUUUCGAGAUUUCGCGCGGAAAAAAGUCGACGAUUUCUAUUAAAAUCCGACAAAACUGAACUCGAGCAUAGAUCCCAAUCCGUUCUUCAUCAUCCUCCAUCGAUGAUCAUCCGUUUACUUUCGUCAAGAUUCUAGGAUUCGUUUUCUUCGAGAUUCUAAAAACGAAAAAAAGGAAAUCAAAGGACUCAUCGAUUCCAAACUCAUCUUCUUCGAUAUCGAGAUAAAAUGCGAUCGAGUAAAUUCGUAAACAAAGAUCGAUCCUAACAAUCGGAAUCGAGGAAAGUCUAAGUCCAAAUGAGGAUUAAAGCCGAGCUUCGACCAAGCGCAUCCACGCAAGGAUGGAGUCCGCGAUAGCGUGCAAGAGGAGAGGCGAGAGCGGGCGAUCGUCGACCUCGAAGAAUCGGUUUCCGUCACGAAACUUCGCUCGCUCGGAAGCUUUCCACGCCGGCGUGGAACCGUUAUCCGCCCGACGCGCAUUGCAUAAUUCCACCGGCCCAGACCCAGAUACAAACUCCGCUCCAAAUUCCAGCGUCGGAUCGUCGGAACGCGACGCCGCCAGGCGACGUGCCUCUUCCGCCCGGAGCAGGAAUCUGGAUCUGGACCCGCGCGCAACCACCAUGGACAACCCGAAUUUUACUCGAAAGCCCGAACCGAAGUUCUCGUACCACACGGUUCCCCGUGACGUGGCUGUAUCUCGAAGAGAGAUCCUGCGGAAGUACAGCGAGGAGAAGGAGGAAAAUCCGUGGAAAACGAUCGGGUCGUCGGGUGAACGAUGGAGGCGGAUGGAGGAAGGAAGAGGCGAGGGAGAGGUGGUGGAGGAGAGGCCUAGAACCCUUCCCUCCACGGCGAAACGAUGGAGCAAGGAAAGUUGGUGGAAACCUGUUCAGAGCGGGAGGAAGAUCUCGAGGCAGGAAAUACUGCGUCGAAGAGCGAGCGUGGACGUGCCGGUGGCUACCACGUCCCGUAGUAGUGGGAACAUCGAAGAGAAGGUAGUAGAAAGUUCAGAGGUGAAAGGUGGCGGCAGGCCACCUUCCUCCAGUUACCCGAAGAAGAAUGUCCCGCGGCCGAGAAACAACGGGUGGGGCAAGGAGGACGAGAGAGAGUCCAAGUCGGUGUGCGAUCUCCUGGCAGUCACUAGCAGACUGCAGGACAUUACCCGCGGCCUUGUCCCGAGACCGUCGACCUUGCCCAAGAUAAUUCACGCGUCGAGAUCGGCCAGGAUCUCGGCCGAGGAUUGGGCCACCCCCAGGCUUGCCAAGGAUGCUGUGAGAAGAGAGCCGCCUGUUUACGGAAGGAUACGAAGAAGGAAGAGUUCCUUGCCCUCGAACGCGGGCACACUGAGGGGCUCGUGUACGAAAGAGGGUGGCGGAGCGAGGGAGAGAGCGGUGGAUUCGGUCGAGUUUCGCACGAGCACCAGGCACCUUCGCGAUCCUGUGCCCAACACUCCUUAUUAUUCUUCGCCACCCGCGUCGAUUGGCACGAGAACGAGCAGCCCCCACGGAAAUGCGAUUUACGCCAAAGUGUAUCGAAAAACGUCGAAGGGCUUGCAGAGCCAGGGUGGCAAGGCUGAUUCGAAAGAUAGUGGUGAUAAUAGGAUCGAGGGUGAGGUAGGGGUCGAUAAAGGUAGGACCAUGUCGCGGAGGAGGAUCAUCGAGAGCGCGAAGGAGAACGGCUGCAAAGGGAGUCGGGAUGACUCUGUCGAGAUUCAAGGGGAAUCUCGGUCAGAAAGUCAGACUUUAAGUCGGGGCAAGGAGAACGCGCAAGGAAGUAAGAAGGAAUCGAGAGAGACGACGAGUGGCGAGAGGCGCGAUUCGACGAGGGCAGAGAUCGAUUCCGGGUGUAAGGAUUCAGUGGCCAAGUGUGGAACGAGGCCUCGAACCGGGUUGGUGGAGAACUUUCGCUCGACGGAACGAGAGAUCGGCGCGAGCAGAUUGGCGACCACUCUUCCCGGUUGCGUGAAAAAUUCGAGAAAGUGUUUGGCCGAGACCCGGUCGGGGACCGAUGGAAAAUCCAUCUCGACGAAACGGAGCAAGGAGAGGUCGAAUUACGUGAAAAAGACGGGGGCGGUCAGCCACGUCAGAGCUUACAGCGAUGCCAAUAGCGGCCGAUCCAACUCACCCGUGACUACGUCUUCGAUUUUUGGGUUCUGCACCGGGAAGAGAAAAGUUCACUCGACCAACAGUGCUGACAAAGUUGAAUGUGUCUCUGUAUGCCCAACCUGGAACGUGAAAACGGGUGAAUUGGUGUGGUUCGACCCAGGUGUCGGCCACGUGUUGCCGGGAGAGGUGCUGGAAUACCACAGGGCCGCCAAUGUUCUCUCAGUGCAGGCAGUGAUCGCCGGCAAGCCCCAGAUCUUCACCCUCACCAAUUUAAGCGGAGUAAAGCCAAGGCAGGAUCUUGGACAAAAUGGAGUCGAAGACAUGAUCCAAUUAACAGACUUGAACGAAGCGUCUCUAUUAUGGAACCUGAAAAUACGAUACGACAAGGAAUUAAUAUACACUUACACGGGAAGCAUCCUAGUGGCGGUGAACCCUUACAAAAUGUUCGACAUUUACGGAUUGGACCAAGUGAAACUCUACGAAGGACGAAUACUUGGCACAUUACCACCUCAUCUGUUUGCCGUGGGCUCGUCGGCAUACAGCCAAGUGACUGCCGCGAAUAACGCCAGCGCGAAUCAAGUGGUUGUUAUUUCCGGUGAAUCCGGUUCAGGAAAAACGGAAUCCACGAAACUCGUAAUGCAAUAUCUAGCAGCUGUUAACCGUGCACCGAACAAUCUUGUAACCGAGCAAAUUCUCGAGGCUACGCCGUUGUUGGAAAGUUUUGGCAACGCGAAAACACCGAGGAACGAUAACAGCAGCAGAUUCGGAAAAUAUUUGGAAGUAUAUUUCAGAGACGGAGUCAUUGUGGGGGGAAGGAUAACUCAGUAUCUCCUCGAAAAAAGUAGAAUAGUCACGCAAGCGCCAGAAGAGAGGAACUAUCACGUGUUCUACGAGCUGUUGGCUGGUCUCGAUCAACAGCUGAGGGACAAAUACGGGUUGCUCACGCCUGACAAAUACUUUUACCUGAAUCAGGGUGGAAACUGCGAAAUCGACGGAAAAACCGAUACCCAAGACUUCAAAGCCCUCCUGUCGGCCAUGCAAGUGUUGGGAUUCACUUCGGAGGAGCAGGACACGAUUUUCAAAAUUCUCGCCAGCGUUCUGCAUCUUGGAAACGUGUACUUUCACAGGAAGCAGAUGAGGCAUGGCCAGGAGGGGGUGGAGGUCGGUUCUGAUGCGGAGAUUCGUUGGGCUGCCCAUCUUCUUCAGGUGAACUCCGACGGAAUCAUCAGAGCACUCACGACCAAAACGACGGAAGCGAGAAACGAAAGAGUUUUCACUGCCUUGAACAUCGACCAGGCUUUAGACGCGAGAGACGCGUUCGCCAAGGCUUUGUACAGUUCACUGUUCUCUUGGUUGGUCGCUCGUGUCAAUCACAUCGUCUACAAAGGAACGAAACAGACGGCCGCCAUCUCUAUACUCGAUAUAUUCGGGUUCGAGAAUUUCACGGAGAACAGCCUCGAGCAAUUGUGCAUCAAUUACGCGAACGAGAACCUCCAGUUCUAUUUCAACAAGCAUAUCUUCAAAUUGGAGCAACAAGAAUACGCGAAGGAAAAAAUCGAUUGGACGACGAUUAAUUAUACGGAUAAUCUACCGGUGAUACACUUAAUCGCGAAGAAACCAGUCGGUAUUCUUCAUCUUCUCGACGACGAGAGCAAUUUUCCCAAAGCAACGGAUCUCUCCUUCUUAGAAAAAUGCCAUUACAAUCACGCGUUGAGCGAAUUAUACUCAAGACCAAGAAUGAAUUCCGCGGAAUUCGCGAUCAAACACUAUGCAGGCCAAGUUUGGUACAACGUGGAAGGUUUCUUGGACAAAAAUAGGGACACGUUGAGACCUGACGUGGUGGAAUUAUUAAUAAGCAGCAAGAUAUCUAUGGUGAGCAAGAUGUUCCAACAUGUGAGGACGGCCCACGAAGCGAACAAAACCAUGAACAAACCGAACGGUAGAUUCGUCACUAUGAAACCGAGAACGCCGACAGUAUCGGCUCGAUUUCACGACAGUUUGCAGCAACUUUUAGAUUCCAUGUCUCAAUGCAAUCCAUGGUUCGUGCGAUGCAUCAAGCCGAACACGGAGAAAGCGCCAAUGAAGUUCGACAUGCCUUGCGUCCUCGAGCAACUAAGGUACACAGGGAUGUUGGAGACGAUUCGCAUUCGAAAAACUGGUUAUCCCGUCCGACUUCUUUUUGGACAUUUCGUGGACAGAUACAGAUAUCUCGUUUCCACGCACCUGCCUAGAGGUGCACCCAACAAGGAACUUUGUCGUAUCAUUUUGGACAAAGCUGCGCCCAAGGAUGCGCAAGCCCAAUAUCAACUUGGCCUCACCAGAGUAUUUCUGAGAGAAUCUUUGGAGAGGACUUUGGAAUACAAUAGAGCUCUGAUUUUGGAAAGGGCUGCCAUAACUGUUCAAAGAUACACGAGAGGAUUCCUAGCUAGAAGAAGAUUCCUGAAUAUUUCACGGAGCACGGUGUUGAUUCAAGCUGUUUAUCGUGGUUAUCGCGAGAGGAAAAAGUUCAAGUCGUUGAAGAAAGGUGUACUUAUGGCGCAGAAGAUAUAUAGGGGGAAAAAACAGCGUGAGAAGUUCAAAGUAUUGAAAGAGGAAAUGGCGAAGAGGGCGGAGAUCGAACGAGCGAGCAAAGAAAGAGCCAAGGCGAAGCAGCAAAGAGAGGAGCAAGAAAGAACUUCCAGAGCCGUGGCCGGUGUUAAUCAUUUGGAAAUUCCUGCUGAACUUGCCUUCAUUUACAGUAAACUCGAUGAUUGGCAGCCAACGCACACGGAGAGAAAUCUAUUAAAAGUUGUCGGUCAAGUGAUACCUACGCACCACAAUCACACUUUGCCGAACGACAUUGAUCAGCACCAAUUCUCCAAAUUCACGAACAUUUACUUCAAAAGCCACAUCUUCGGCAUGAAACGGGAACCCAUAAAGACGCCGUUCCUGGCAAAGGCCCGUGAUCAAGAUUACACGGACUCGUUGAUGAUCUUCAAGAUGAUCCUUCGCUUCAUGAACGAGAACAACUUGAGCGGGAAAAGGGAGCAAGCGUUGGGCGAUUACAUAGUGAAUAAAGGGAUCGUGAAUGAAAAAUUGAGGGACGAGAUUCUUUGCCAAUUGGCAAAUCAAACGUGGAAGAACGAGAAUGACGCGAACAAGGAGAGAGGCUGGCUGUUGUUAUCGAAUUGUUUAUCAGCUUUUCAACCUAGUUCUACAUUGUUCAAGUAUCUUUUGAAAUACGUGUCCGACCACGCGUACGAUGGUUACAAGGCUUAUUGCCAGAGGAAACUUUUACAAGGGGAAAGGACGAUAUUCAGAAUAAUGAGCAACAAUCAGCAAAUCGUUCAUCACGUGCCGAGGAAUUAUCCCCCGUGCGUGUUGGAGUGGAGAGCGAACAGAAAUCGAGUUAACAUGGCUUUGAGCGUUGGAUUUUACGACGGCGAAACGGUCACCUGCGCGGUGGAUUCUUGGACAACCUGCGAAGAAUUAGCCAACCUGGCUGUCAACAAUCACGGAGUGGACAAUUCUGGAUGGACAAUCACUUUGUGGAAUCAAUUGGACGGACCAGACGCGAUCGUUACGGAGACUAACGGUUUCGAUUACGUGUUAGAUUUGAUCUCAGAAAUGGAACUAGCACCGGCGUUCCCCGCUGCCAAACACAUGUUCUUGGAGCAACGGAAGAACAGUUUCCCACCGAUCAAAAAGAGAGAGCACGCGCAUAUAAUUCGUGAGCUGGAACAAGAAAUAGAACCACCGGUUCUGAAAACGUUCCAGCCCCUUGAGCGGAAACCAGUAUCCAAGGUUAUGGAUAAACCCGUCGAACCGGAAAUUCAAUCGCCGAGGAGACCUGCAGUCCCCCCGCCGCAACCACCUGUGACCAAGCCAUCGGUAAGGAAACAAUCUCACGAGGCAAUAUUGGAAAGCACAACAGAGACUGGCCUAUCUCGAAAAUCAGCUUUGAACGACAGAUACUUCGAGAAAGAGAAACAACGUAGUCGCAGCUUGGACAACUUGCUUCAACCAGAAGUGGUAUCACCUCCGGUGAAACUGGCUAAUCUUGGAUUAUCUUCGUCCAAAUUAAACGAGCGUUAUCACAGUCUGGAAAGGAUUGGCGAGACGUCGGCCGUCAGUAACGUGGAAUACAUGACAAGGAAUGAGAUAAAUCAAGAGAGAAAGUACAGCAGAAUAACGAGGACCACAGAGCCAAACAUCGAAGAGGAAGAUCUGACCAUCGAUUUUGAAUAUCCUGAUAUCCAAUCGGUUAGUCAAACCGGAAGGUCUGAGGAUGAUAAAAGCAGUUACAUCAGAUCACAGACAAGAUUCAUCAAAUCUCAAUAUCCUGGCAAACGAGCGUUGCCAGGCAGCCAAUCGAGUCGUGCCUACAUCGAGAAGAGCGAGUACGGCGUGAAAUCAUCGGCCAUGUCCGACACGAGCGAAGCUCCUUCCCUGGCCUCUCACGUGAGACGUGUCAGGGUGCCUAGUCAAGCUUCAGACGUGGACCAGUUCCUGGACGAAUUGUUCAUGCCGGUUCUGGAUGGAAAUUUGGACGAGUUGUCGGACGCGAGAAGCCUCGCGGCUAGUAUCAAAGGCACGAAGGAUGACAGGUCCCAGAGCGGUGCCAUAAUCAUCGAGAAGAGAUUGGACGAUUCCGUGGGAACCGUGGAAGAAUUCAUCGAAAGCGUGACGAGGGAGGAGAGAGGCAAGGAAGGAAUCACAGCGAGUGAAUUGUCCAAGAAGAUCAAAGGUGGUGGAAACAUGGACAUACCUAAUCAGAACGCGACGUUUAACUUUGGUGCCAUUACGCCGGGGAUGAUGUCACCCCCCAUGAUGAUGCCAAUGUUCAGCACACCACAACAAGUGCCGGCUCCUCAAAGCACGAGCAUGAACAUGGGGCCCGGCUUCAUGCCCAUACCGAUCUACAGUAUGCAAGGACUGAGUCUUCCUCAGUACCCCAAUUCACCCCCUAAUCAGAGCAACGACAUGAUGGCUUACCAGCAGAACUUGCAACGAGCCUUCCUGCAGAGUGCCAUGGCCCAGAAUAUACAGAUUCAACAGCAAUUGCUUGCCCAGAAUCAGGCUCUUCAACAACUGCUCGUGCAGAGCCCGCAAAACUCGUCGCAACAACCGGGCACGGCGUUGUCCGCAGGCCCCUCCAGUAUGAAUCUUGUCCCCCCAGCCCCCCAAAACGGUGCCCAAAUGGGGCCCAAUGAUUCCAUUGGACGCUACUCCAAGGUUUCGUUCAGGGAACCGGAGGACGGUGAACUUUGGUCGACCGAGAAGCAAGGUGCACCCGCGUCUUCGACCAAUAAUCAGCGACAGGAGAUGACGGUGAAGGCUCAGAUUCAUCGAUCUCAAAGCCCACCUCGAAAGAAUUCGGAAAUCGUUAGGAAGACUAGCGUGGAAUACGCGGUGAGGAAGGUCAGCGUCGAGAGAAAAGUGGCCGACUCGAAGAAAUCAUCGAGCGCGGUAGACGCAAAAAGGCCUUGCCCUUCGAGCAAGAGCAAUGUGCAAAGUAACUUUACCAACGUGUUGAGCGAAUUGAAGAAUCGUAAGAGCAGUUUGGAUAGUAAUCUGUCGAGUUCGAGCAACAACAAGGGUGUGCCACCCCCGCCACCUAUGCCACCACCUUUGGAGUCUCACGAUCCGUCCGAAUCGAGGCCUUUCCUCGAUCCUUAUGGGAGAGCAAAGACAGUUCGAAUUGGCAAAUGGAGAUGGCCUCCGCCUAGCGACUCGAACGAGAAUCAAAGCCAAGACAGUUUCAUAGAGUUCAAAAUGCGGCAACAGCAACAGCAACGAAAAAUUACACCCCAAUAUCAAGAAUACAAUCAAGGCGAGGGGGAGCCGAGCACAGAGGGUGGCGUCGAGUGGGAGGAAUUCGAAAUUGAGAAUAUCGUCGAGACGAACGAGAAGCAGGCAGUGGCUGGCCAUGCUCCACCGGUCACCAAACACGAGAACGGAUACAAGGAGGAGGGGGAAAAGAAAAAGAAAAAGUCCAAAUCCGCGUUGGAGGUAGGUGCACAGAGGCCGUCCCCGGGAAGUAUAGGAAAGUUGAAGCUUAGCUCGGAGAUGAGGCAGAGAUUGGAAAAGGUAACAGCGAAUCACAGCGUGAGAUCAACGAAGACAACCGAGAAACCUGCUCUUCCUCGCGAGGACGGUAAAGUGAAACGUUUGGAGGACAAUAGAAAGCUUCUUCUCGAACAGCAAUUAGGGGGAAGAUGGGAUGAUUACGCGUCAACGGCCGAUGACACGCAAAGCGUGACUUCAAAAGGCACGACCGACAUGAUGACUCAAGCGCAAGUAGUCAGGACUCAGAUCGAGAGAAUGGAGAGGCCUGUGCCACCUCCGCUUCCGGUCACACCUCCGCAACCCCCCAGUCCUCGUGGUGGAAGCAUGUACAGCAAUAGUCAAUCCGGAGUACCGCAACCCAGAUCGCCUCCAGCUCCGGUCGAGCCGAAGACUCGAGAUUCAUUCCGAACAUCCCCGGAUUCGGAGGCGUUCGACCACUUUUCCAAGACCCAACGCGACAUGUUCAGCCAGAGCAGAGACAUAUUCGCGUCCCAGCAGCAUCUGAGGGAGAGCCACGAGUACAGAAACGACUUCGACAAAUCACGAUUGUCCGAUCCAAAGUCGAAAGACUUUUAUGGGAAGGACAGUACGGACAUGGCAAGUUCAGCGAGGGACAGAAGUUCCGAUUUCGACUCCCGCCGCGACCUGAAUUCCGACAUCUUCGAUCCGAAAUACGCGAGAGACAUAUUCGAGAACACGAGCUCGAAGAGAGAUCCCUUCGGGAUGGCGAGGGACGUGUCCCCGAAGUCCAGGGACAGCUUUGGCAUGCCCUCGUCCAGAGACUUUGGCCUGAUGCCGAACACGAGGGAAUCGUUCGCAGCCGCUCGUCAAAGUUUCAAAAAAUUGGAUCGUGAUCUCGACAGGAGAUCGAGCGUCGCGUCCACCCAUCGUACUGACAAAAUGGAGAGGAUCGAGAUCGAGGAAUGGCCCGAGUUUCUCAGGCCUGUGCUGCCACCUGCCGAGAAGCCGGAAAUAGAGAAGGUCCAAGAGGUAGUGAACACGAAGCUCUAUCCGCAAACGUCCACGGCUCACUUCACUUACAACAGGGUCACGUGGACCUUGAGGGUGAAGAAGGAAGUGUUCGCGCCCAACGAAACGUUGAACAGCCCCCUGGCUCUUCAUCUCGUGUUUUGCCAAGUCGCUUAUGACGUGCUUGCCACGUCCAGUAUCCGCAUCACGAAGGAGGACAGGCAGAAUAUGCUCAAGAUGUUGGACAAUUACGGCGUCACUCUCGACAAUCUGCAGAGUACUCAGCACAAGAUCACCAUUAAAAAGAACGUGGUUGACAUGGCCAAACAAUGGCCACUGUAUUUCGCCAGGAUAUUCCCAGUGUCGAUCGGUCCUCAGCAUCCAGAAACCCAACACGUGGCGAUCUCUCAUCACGGUCUUAGACUCAUCAAGCGUACACCGAACGGCGAUUUAGUGAUUUUGGAAACUUUGCCUUUAGAGGAAAUCGUCUCGGUUAGUUCUCCACGGAUCGGUGUCUGUGUAAUGCAAAUUGCGUCAGGAGUCAGGCUACCUCUGCACACCAACAGAGCUCCACAAUUAACCGAGAUGAUAAGCACUUACAUCAGAAUGGUUGAUCAGAAGCCGCUGCACAAGCCGAACCACCACGAGAACCACGUAUCACAGAUCACGAAAUCGAUCCAGUCGCAGGCGAAUCACGGCACAUCGAAUCACGUACAAUCCCAUGGUCAGCCUAAUCACGUUAUCUCGAACCAUGAAAACCACGUGCCCGCCGGUCGUGUGCCGAACCACGUGUCGGCAACGAACCAGACGAAUCACCAGAAAAACCAGCAGAACCAGCGGCUCAGUCCGAAUCAGGAAUGGCGGCAACCGGAAGACAACGGCAGAUUGCAAGAAGAUGGCAUCUACGAGAGUGGGCCGGUCGUCAACGACGGAAAACACUCUUUGUUGCAGUACGCCAUGCUGAACUUUAGACAGAGUACCGAGAAGUUUGAAAUGCUGAAGACAGCAGAUGGAUCAAUAAGUGGAUCUCUUAAAGUGAUAGAAUCCUUGAAAAAUAAGAAGAAGAAUAAGAAAAAUAAAGGUCAACAGGAUGGUGCGGAAUGGACUUGGAAAGAACAGGUGGAUCUUGUAAAAUAUUCUCCUGUGCCAAUAGAGCAAAGUCUUUUGAAGCUUGAUACAGAUUUAAGUGCUCUGGCAGUAGAAUGUUUUUUGUGUCUGAUGAGGUAUAUGGGUGACCAACCAUUACCUCCAGAUACCAGUGAAGUAAAAUGCGUUUAUACCAUUCUUAUGCAUUGUCACAAAUAUGAAUUACUACGCGAUGAAGUUUAUUGUCAAUUAAUGAAACAAACCACAAAUAAUAAAAGUCCAAAUCCAGACAGUUGUCAACGUGGUUGGAGAAUCUUCAGUAUUGUUGCUGCCUAUUUCACUUGCAGUGAUGGUCUAAGGCCUUAUCUUACCAAAUAUCUGGAAACAGCAGCUUAUGACAAAAGAAGAGCUUAUCAUGGAACAGCCACAGUGUGUUUACAGAAUCUCAGGAAAACAGUUAAAUAUGGAGGAAGGAAAAACGUGCCAAGCGUGGAUGAAAUUAUGGCAAUUAGUGCAGGCAGAAAUGCAAAAAGGCAGAUUUAUAGAUUGCCAGGAGGAACGGAAAGAGUUAUCAACACUAAGUGUACAACUGUUGUGCAGGAUGUUAUUGAAGAAAUGUGCAACAUAAUAUCUGUAAGAAAUCCUCAUGAAAUGGAUGAAUUCUCAUUAUAUUGUAUUGUCGAUGGUGAUGCAUUUACUAUGCCUUUAGCUAGGGAUGAAUAUGUACUGGAUGUAACUACAGAAUUACAUAAAAAUCAUCAGGUCUUUUACCUAAUAUUCUGCAGAUCUGUAUGGUAUUAUCCUCUCAGACUGGAUGCUCCACUGUAUAUAGAAGUUGUAUUCAAUCAGAUUGCUCCAGAUUAUUUGGAAGGUCUUUUAUUAGUUCUACCUGGUGAACAUUUACCUCAAGAAGUCAUAUAUGAUAUGGCACAAAUAGCAGCUCUAUUGCAUAGGGCAGCAGAUAUGAAUCAUGAACCUACAACAAAAGAAAUUAAAUAUUUAUUACCAAAACCAGUGCUUAGUUUAAGAGAACCACGACCACAACAGUGGUCAAACAUGGUCCAACAAGCAUGGAAUAAUGUGCAACAUAAUACAGUAGCUGCUUGUAAAGCACAAGUGCUUGAAAUUUUGUGGAAAUGGCCAUUGUUUGGAUCUAGUUUUUUUGCUGUGAAGAGAGUGCCUGAAGGAAAAGAAAAGGGAGGUGAUCAUAUUUUGGCACUCAAUAGGCAUGGCGUGCAUUUUAUUGAUUUAAUCACACAUGAAACUCUCUAUCAUUACCCCUAUUCUGAAGUAAUUUCCACAAGAAAAGUAAAAUCUGAAGAAGGAACGCUUUAUCUUGAUAUGAAAUGCGGUAAUUUGAUGCAACAACGUAUUACAAGAUUACAGACUGAACAAGCUCAUGAAAUUUCACGAUUAAUUAGACAAUAUAUCACCAUGGAACAAAGAGCCACUAAUGCUCAAGGUGCUAGCAUUGGAUUUGGCAUGAGAUAAGAUAUUCAAUUUGUAUUCUGUACUUAUAGCAAUAUGGGUUCAAAUUUUAGAAAUUUUAUAUUUUUUCUCGUAUCAAUUAAUCAAAUAAAAAAUACUGUAAAUACGUAUUUAAGAGAAAUAAUUACACAAAAAAAAAGAGAACAAAAAAGAAUCUUGAUAAAAAGUUUUUUAAUAUCUAUAAUAAAUUUAUAUUUCUUAUUAAUAUCCAUAAGCAUCUUUGAAGAUAGCAUUAUAGAAGGAGAAUGAAUAAUAUUCGAAAAUUUGAAAGAAUUAUCAAAAAAAUUAUAGUUUAUCUUUUCGCUAUUGAUGAUAAAAGAUCUGAUAAAGAUUUCUUAAAAGAAAAUUCAAAUUAAAUGAAGAAGUUUGAGAGUUUUUCGACUUGUAAAUAUGUUUAGUUAGAGAUGAGAAGAAUUCAAAGAAAUCACAGUUCAUUUGAUAAUAAUAUUAUAGAUAGAAUCAUUCUAACUAUCUAUUAAAUUGUGACAAAAUAUUUCGCGUAUCUUUUCCCUCGUUUUAAGAAAUAUUUUUCCAUAGAAGACGAGUACACCAAAAUAUAACAAAUUUAAAGAAUAAGUCACAAGCUUAUACCUCGAUGCGAAAGGAAAGUAGAUCAAGUUUUGCGUAGAAUUAAAGAUACUAUACAUAUAUCAAUUUAAUAACAUUCCAAUUUCAAGUUAUCGUUUCAUAAAAUAAUAAAAGAUAAUCUAGUUACACCAGUCUUAAGAAUGAGAAUGUCUGAUAAUCCUCUUCGCUGAGUUUAAACAAUUUUAUACGUAAUGUUUAAUACGUGAAAGAAGAGGAAUGAAUGCUCAAGUAUCUAAGCAAUAAUUCUCAACUCUGUAAAUACGCGUUUAGAAACGUUUAGAGAAAGAGAGGACUACGUGAAAAAGCUGAAAGAGAGGACGACUGUUUUGUAGAACGAGAAAUAGCUCUAUGGCUUUUUUUUUUAAAUAAAAUUUGAUGACAGAACACGUCGAAACUCUCUGCGUUUUCCGAUUGAUUUCUUUUUCUUUCAAUUCCGAUGAAGACAAAUUUCUUCUCGUUUAUUUAAUAAUCGAAGAAAUUGUCGAUCACGUUAAAUAAUAUAAGAAAAAUAAACACUUGAUAUUGGAUAAAAUCGAUUUAUUUAUGUAUAAAAAUAUGUAAGAAAAAGAAACAAUACGGUACACACACGUAGAAAAAAAUGAUUAAAUGUAAAUCCAAUUAAACGCUAAUAUCUUUAACGAAUAAGUUCUGAUGGAGACUAACAAAUUGCGGUUACAUGUUUAUCACAAGGAGACAUUAUUAUUAAUAAUUGUACGUAAUGCGUAUCGAUGUGAAAGGAGGUAUUAAAACUUUAUAUAUUAAAAGAUUCUACUUAUACAAAAAUAA